CGAUCAGAACUGAGGAAGACGCUGAGAGAGAGAGAGAGAGAGAGCGAGAGAGAGGCCAUCGCCAUGGCCAUGAGUCGGACAAACUCCAUUCUCGUGAAGCUCGUCCUCUUCCUCUUCGCCCUCAACUCCCUCUCCCUCUACCUCUACUUCCACCCCUUUACGGGGAACCGCCCCCCUUUGCCGGGAAACCAAUUCCCCCUCACGGACAACCACUCGCUGCUGCUGUCGGAGGACCGCCGCAGCCUCUUCGACCUCAAGCCGUGGCCGAUCCUGCCUUCCUACCUCCCCUGGACGGAGAACUCCAGCGUCCGACCGCGCUCCUGCGAGGCCUACUUCGGGAACGGCUUCACGCGCCGCCACGACCUCCUUCCACCCCGUGGCAGUGGCGGCGGAUGGUUCAGGUGCUUCUUCAGCGAGACGCUGCGGAGCUCGGUGUGCGAGGGCGGGAGCCUGAGGAUGGUCCCGGAGAGGAUCAGGAUGUCGAGGGGAGGGGAGAGUUUGGAGGACGUGAUGGGCAGAGAGGAGGACGAGGAGUUGCCGGCGUUUGAUGACGGAGCCUUCGAGAUUGAAGGCGGCGGCGGUGGCCGACGCGAGUCUAGGUUGGGGUUUGAGAGGGGGAGGAAGCUCGUGGAUGGCGAUUUUUUGGAUAAUUAUGUUCCAGCUGGGGGGAUUUCCCGGCACACGAUGCGCGAUCUGAUUGGGUCGAUCCGUGUUGUCGGGACCGAAGGUUUCGUCUGUGAUAAGUGGGUUGAGGAACCAACACUUCUAGUCACCCGUUUCGAGUAUGCAAAUCUUUUUCACACGAUCACUGAUUGGUACAGUGGAUACGUUUCUUCCAGAGUUGCUGGUUUGCCUUUUCGCCCCCGGGUGAUCUUCAUUGAUGGCCAUUGCACGUCACCUAUGGAGGAAACAUGGGACGCAUUAUUUUCGGGCUUCUCAUAUGCUAAGAGCUUUAAUGGAUCGGUUUGCUUCCGACAUGCUGUUUUAUCUCCUCUGGGAUAUGAAACUGCCCUGUUUAAGGGACUUAGUGAGCAUAUAGAUUGCAAGGGAGCAUCUGCUCAUGAUCUGUGGAAGAAUCCUGAUGACCAAAAAACUGCCCGACUAUCCGAGUUUGGAGAGAUGGUUAGGGCAGCUUUCGGGUUCCCCGUAAACAGACAUCGCCAUGAAAAGUCUUCCUCUGGUCACAAUGUGCUCUUUGUUAGGCGUGAAGAUUAUCUAGCGCAUCCUCGCCACAGUGGGAAACCCGAGUCGAGGCUUACCAAUGAGCAAGAAGUGUUUGAUGCCAUAAAGAGUUGGGUUUCCAAUCAUUUGGAAUGCAAAAUUAAUCUUGUGAACGGAUUGUUUGCACAUAUGUCCAUGAGAGAGCAAGUCCAAGCCAUCCAGGAUGCUUCGGUAAUUAUUGGUGCUCAUGGGGCAGGCCUCACUCACAUAAUAUCCGCGAUGCCUAAAACGGUAAUCUUUGAGAUUAUUAGCAGCAAAUAUAGGCGCCCCCAUUUUGCUCUGAUUGCUCAAUGGAGAGGCCUGGAGUAUCAUGCCAUGAAUCUUGCUGGAUCUCAUGCUAAUCCACCCGAAGUUGUCGACCAGCUCGCUGAUAUAAUGAAAAGCCUUGGGUGCUAGUGCUUUAACACCAUUGAUCGAGUCCGAAGCAACUCGUUGACAACACGAGAAGUCACUCCAUUCUUGUUCACGGAAGUAUUCUUUGCUGUUGCCACUUCUUGUUGAAAUCAACGGACUGGGAUUGAUUGCGUAAUGGAGCUCGACUUCUCAAGUUUCUCGGAGGGUACUUAUUCUUUAUUCAGAUGAAGUGGCUUGGCACGAAGAAGUCAGCAGCUGGGAAAUCGAAGGUCGCCGGCCUCUCUUAACAACAGAAAGGGACUUGGGUUUUGGAAGAUGAGUAGGGGUGAAUGGAGGGCUAACAAGAACCUCUUCAUACCAAUUUUUACUUCUGCACUGUUUACUUGUACAACAAGACAUUGUUGCUUGAAAUUUGUUUCAAGCAGUCCUCGAUAGGAAGAGCCUGACUUGGACAGGGUUGAUUCAAAUUUAUUCUUUCAUGUUCAUUUGUGCCUACUCGAUAGGAAGAGCCUGACUAGUCAUUCUUAUUACAGGGUUGAACAAAAUUUAUCGUUUCAAAGUUUGUACCUGCCACUUCGUGCAGACAAUGUUCAUUUUAGCCAA